AUGGACACGGGGUCGGGCGACCUCGUGGUGCUGGGCGUCGGCGACGUGGUGCCCGCCGACGUGCGGCUGCUGGUCGCCUCCGACUUCAAGGUCAAGGAGAUGCCACUGACAGGUGAGCCGGACGACGUCCCGAAGAAGGCCCAGGUGCCGAAGCGCAGCGGCCAGGGCGGGGACGCCGAGAAGCUCAGGCCCGAGAAUUGCGCGUACUCGGGGUGCGACGUGACGAGCGGGUCUGGGCGCGGCAUCGUGAUCCGCACGGGCAUGGAGACGGAGGUCGGCAAGAUCGCUGGGAUGCUGACCGACGGCGGCGAGGCAAAGAGCACCUGCUUCGGAUUGCUGCCCGACACCGCCGGCAACCAGACCCCGCUGCAG